AUGACGGGCUCGACCGUCUCCCUCGAACCUCUCAGCUCACCGUCUCCUUCACCUCCACCCCCAGAAGAAACCCGGUCUGCAUCCGGGUCCAACAACGGCGGUCCCGCAGCCCUCGACAGCGGCUCAGAGCUUUCCGAACUGACGGAGGAGGAGCAGGAGGAAAACAGUAAAGCAGAGGUGCGCAACUCGAGUAGACCGCGAGAUAGCAAACGAAAGCGAAGUAACCUCCUACCACCUCCGAUGUGGGAUUGGGCAUACAAGAACAACAAGAAGACCGAGAAGGGAGACUGGCGUACACGCCUCGUAGAGGAGGAGGAAGAAGAGGAGCAGUCCGGCCCCGCGAAAGCGAUGGAAGAGGAAGAAGACGACGAGCAGGACCGCAGCAACGACGAUGACGACCCCGACCGCGCCGUUCCGCACGAGGUAGAGAGCGAUGGCGAGGACGAGCGCGAGGACGAUGACGACGAGCCGCCUGCGCACGCUUCGGACGCGGAGGCGCUGGAGCCACUCCCAGACGAUCCCCUCGAAAACGAAGACGCUACCGACGAAGAGGACGUCGACGAGGACGACGCCGAGCUUGACGGUGCAGUCAGCCGUUCCAAUUCGCGCGCCGCAUCCCACAAGGGUGCCCCGUCGCCCGAACUCACCGACGACGAGAACGCAGACGAUGAAGAAGCGGGCGACGACCCAGUCGAGGAUGAUGCACCCGUCCCAGAGUCCGACGCUGAAGAUGAGCCUCGCGCAUCUGCCGCACUCGAACCGGCAACGCCACUGGACGCGCCUCCCCCAGUGCUAGACGACGAAAACGCCGCGCUCAUGGACGUCGACCAGAUCGUGCCCCCACCGCCACUCGUCGCUCCCACACCUCACACGGCUGCAGCUUCCUCCAUCAUGGCGGGCUCGACUGUUGUGGCGCCACCCUCACGUUCUCCCUCGACCUCGUCCUCAGCAUCUGGUUCGCCAUCGUCGUCCCGCUCCCCGUCGCCCGACGCUGACGCUGACGCACCUUCCGAUCGCGAACCCGAGCCAGAGCACGACGUCAAAGGAAGUCGUCCGUCACGCAAGAGGAGGACACGGGCACGAGGACGCAAGACCAGAGCUGAGGCGGCGGCGGAUCGUGACCUCGACGCAGACGGGGACGCGGAUCAAGCAGCGGGGGCAGAUGGCGAGGACGGAGACGUGGGUGACGUUGAGGAGGCUGACCUGGACUCUCCGGAGUUGGAGAUGGAACUGGAGUCCGAUCUGCAGCCCGCCCACCGUGCAGAGGCCCUGGACGUCCUUGCGACGAUCGAACUCAAGUUCGCGCUUCUUAGAGAACGCUUAUACGUGGAGAAGAUGGAGGCACUUGCAUGGGAAGAGGCCUUGGUCGCGGAAGGCACGCAUCCCGAGAUGCUACAUCUCAAUGAAGAACUGCUGAAACGACGCGACAAGCGGCUCGAGUUAGCCUCUAGACGUCGCGACUUUGAAGUCCUCAAUGUCAUGAAGCGUCGCAAACUCGAUGAGGAUGGUGUCUGGAGUUGGUGGAAGGCGGAAAGGGAUGAUCUACAGACCGAGAUGAUCUCGGAGACCAAUCGAAAGAGGCGCAAGCUCGAACGGGAGCGACGAGCACUGGAGCGCCCACUGCCAGAGCGUCGAAUACCGGAACCACCGCAAGAAGCCCGCGCGCCUCCUACGCUACGCGAGAUUGUGAAGUCUUAUCCUUUCGGCGUUGCAUCUUCGGGACAAGCACCGCGGCACAAGGAUCGCGUGAGCCCAGGGCCUCUUGCAUACCCACAAUUGAGCGCACUACCGCUUACCGACGUCGCGAGGGACUUGGAGUUCUUGUUUCAGCAUAGACGCGGUGCAGGCGGUUUCGAUCCACACCGCCAGAUGAUGAAUCCCGCUCUAGGUGCCCCGGUUCCGCAAUUCGACUACCCAAUGAACAUGGCGAUGGUCAACGGACCUAGUGCAAGCAAUCGCUUCGGCCCUGGUCAGCCGGGUUUUCAGCAUCCCCACUACCCAGAGAUGCAGCCCCCGCCGGGUAUGCACGGCUUCCAGCCCCAAGCUCCGCGUCCCGCACAUCAUCCCUCGGCAGUUCCAGGGAGCUUGCCCAAUCUGCACCCCUCGCAAGCGAUCGACCAGGAUAUGCAUCGCCCUGGCUCUGGCCCUGCGCAGUCAAGCAUGCAUAUGCAGCAGUUUGGCGGCAUGGCACCAAUGAGUGGACCCGGUGGACUCAUGAGGCCGCGUUCCAUCUCGCCGGUGCCAGUGCAGACCGUACCGAACAGGAUGGUCCCCUCCCCUGCACCACCUGGGUUCUCGCAGUCCAAGUCGAACGGGUGGGUGGGCUCUGGUCCCCCUGGGCCGAGCAUGCUCGGUCUUGGAGGCAAGGAUCCAAAGAGACCGGGGAGCGUCGCGGACGGGCGUGAUGUGGAGAUGGAGCGUGAGCGUUUCGUCGAAGUGCAGAAGACGCGCGAGAAGAUGGAGCGGGAUCGCGACCUCGGGCGCGAGCGCGAGCGUGAGCAAGAGAGAGGAUAUCCGAUGCAGAUGAUGCCCCAGCGACACGCGGGACAUCAGCACUCGCACUCACAUGUACAUGCGCCCCCUGGGCAACCGCCGCAUGUUCAUGUCGUCCAGCACCAUCAUCGCAUAGGGCCGCAUCACCACCAUGUCGUCCACCACCAUCACACUUCGCAAGCGAACGGCCCUGGCGGAGCGGGGCAGGGCCCUCCGAUGUCCGCAUUGCCGUCUGGUAUCGGGACGACUUCGAGUGUGGCAAAUAGUCCGCGCCCGCCGCGCGAUAUUGAGCCCCGACAUAUCCAUCCGAGCGCAUCCAUGGAGGUCGACAUGGCGGCUGGCCCGUCAAGGCAACACCUCUUAUCGCCCCCGCACAUGUCGGUCGACGGCUCACGCGAGCGUGGUAGACAGAUAAUUCCAGCCCCCGUGGGUCCCCAUGAAAGAUUGAUGACUCCAUUCACCUUGGGACCUUCACAAGGGAUGCAAGCGAGCUUCCCGGGAUCGCCGCGUAACGGCGUACCGCCUCCUACAGCCCCAGUAUCUGUAGGCCCGUCACGACGCAGCUCUUUUACCACCAAUGAGGAUAACGGUCUACCUCGUCCGGGAUCUUCUGCCUCCACCAGUAAGUCGUCCCAGGGUCUCGGUCAAGGCAGUUCGCAUCGCCAGGCGAUAGCGAGACGGCCGCAAACUCCGCCUCCUCCUCAGUCGCGCCCGAAUACAUGGAGCUCGCCGACGCGCAGCGGGCCAAUGGAUUACGGUAAUUCACGUUCACCACCACAUACAAAUGGCGGUCCCGCCCCGCAUAUGAGCCCUUCGGGUCUGGGAAGCGGUUUUGUUGGAUCUAUGCGCUCACCUACGAGAACGGGCCAACCUCCACUGGGAAUGCAACUACCUCCACCGCCGUCGCUGAGUGCUUCUGCGCGUUCGCCACCUGUAGGAGCGGAGGGCGCGGGUCCGUCGAAGAACGGCAGCCCUAGCCUGAAGACGUAUGGUCGCCCUCCGUCUCCUGGUCUUCCGAAGGCACUCCCUGGACCAGCUCGACAUAUGGGUCUGUCAAAUCCUGAGUCUGUCGGGAUGGGUGGCUUGAGAACGUCGCCCGCAGGUCCGCUAUUCCCGCCGCCUUCACAAUCAAACUCAAAUCAGUCGCUCCCGUCUCGAAUACCAAACGGUUCGAUGCCGGACAUACACCCGAGCGGGGGUCCUGUCGCGCCGAAGAUUGUGCCCGUGCCUGUGGACGGAUCUUAG